AUGUUGACUCUGACUCCUGUCUUAACUGUGUCCUAUGAAGCCAAGAUUGUGUUCCUGUUCUUUUCUAUCCUGGAGUUUGCAGUGGGGAUCCUGGUCAAUGCAUUCAUUGUCUUGGUGAAUUUGGGGGACGUGGUAAAGAGACAGCCAUUGAAGAAUUGUGAUGCUGUGUUGCUGUGUCUCAGCGUCACUCGGCUUUUCCUGCAGGGGCUGCUGCUUUUGGAUGCUAUCCAGCUCACCUGCUUCCAGCAGAUGAAAGACCCACUGAGCCACAACUACCAAGCCAUCCUUACUCUUUGGAUGAUCACAAACCAAGUGAGCCUCUGGCUUGCCGCCUGCCUUAGUCUCCUCUACUGCUCCAAGAUUGUCCGUUUCUCUCACACCUCCCUGCUCUGCUUGGCCAACUGGAUCUCCAGAAGGAUUUCCCAGAUGCUUCUAGUUACUGUUCUUUUCUCCUCUAUCUGUGCUGUCCUCUGUUUGUGGGACUUUUUCAGCAGAUCUCACUUCACAGUUACAGCCGUGGUACCCAUGAACAAUAAUACAGAGCUCGAUUUGCGAAUUUCAAAAUUCAAUUUCUUUUAUUCAUUUGUCUUCUGCAAUGUGGGGUCUAUCCCCCCUUUUCUAUCCUUUCUGGUUUCUUCUGGAAUGCUGGUUGUCUCCUUAGGAAGUCAUAUGAAGAACAUGAAGUCCCAAACCAGAGACUGUCGUGACCCCAGCCUGGAGGCCCACAUCAGAGCCAUUGUAUUUCUGGUCUCCUUUCUCUGUUUCUAUGUGGUAUCAUUCUGUGCUGCCUUAAUCUCCAUGCCCUUACUGGUGCUUUGGCAUAAUAAGGGAGGAGUGAUGGCUUGUAUAGGGAUGAUGGCAGCUUGCCCUUCUGGACAUGCAGCCAUCCUGAUAUCAGGUAAUGCCAAGCUGAGGAGAGCAGUAAAGGCUAUGCUAUUAUGGGUUCAAAGCAGUUGGAAGGUAAGAAGUGUUCACGAGACAGUUCUCAGGAUACUGAUAAGACAUGAAAGGGGCUCCUCACAAAUACACCCCUAA